AUAACUUAUAACUUCAUCUCAUUCUCCUUCUCUAUUAGCAAUGACUGCAAGCAUGACCCUUUAAUUAUCGUUUGAAUAGUACUGAUAAUAUCAAAUUAGAUCGAACAAAAUUCCCUUCUGUAUUAGCAAAUUAAAAGGGUUUGAUAGAAAUCCCAGCUUCAACCCAUGGUUAUGGACCUGAAACCAUCGGGGAUAACAUGAAAAUGAGACUUGAACCAGACAACAAUGGUGGUGAUCUGUACGUGUAACAGCUAGGCAUAAAAAACACAACAGCGUUAGCAAGUCUUGUCUUGUAUUCUGUCUCUCUUCUUGCCACCAGGCCCCAUUGCAACAGAAAUAGUAAGGAUACGAGGCCUUUUAACACGAGUAUCCCAUAGCUUCCUAUUUCAUUGCCAGCUUUCAUCUUCAUCUUCUUCUCUCUGUUUUUUUUCGUUCUAAUUGUUCCUUUUUUUUUUAUGGCGUCUUAAUAAAACUCUACAAACAAGCAAAAAAUCCUAAAUAAAUACGCCAAGAUGAACUUUGUGAAUCGGACAAAAAGAGUUAGGAGGGAAGAAAGGACGUGGAGAGCAAGAAAAAUUACACAUCAUGGGAAAAAGAGCUCGGGGAUAUACUUAAAAAGCAAAAGGAGAGUAAACUAUAAUAGAGGGUAGGGAGAGCAAAUGUCCUGAGUUAAUUGAUGAACAGUGAAUUAUAUGGUUAAGAAUAAAUUUCAUCCAAAAAAAACUCAAACAAUAUAGCUGAAGAUCAGUUCUCAAUCUUCACAUUAAUUAGUUUUUUUAUACUUAUAAGAUGUGAGAUAUGUUUUAUAAUGCUUCUCUUAAUUUGCAAUACAUUUUUUUUUUUUUAGUUUAUCAAGAAGUUUGAGCUUAUGUUAUCGAGUCUCUUUGAGACUUCAAUACUAUAUUAAUUCUGACAAUUAAAAAUAAAUUCUACAUAGAAAAUCCAAAUCUUGUGAUUAGUUUAUCCUUAAUUUUUUAUAUUAUAUAUUGAUACAUGUUCUGUAAUAGAAAAACAACAACAACAAACACGUAAAAAUAUUCUUAACGAUGUGAUAUAACUCAACUAGUAUUAGCAUUUCUUUUUAUUACGAGGUUUUGACUCUUGAGUAUCCUCUUUGGAGUACAAAUAAAUGAAAAGGAAUAAAUAGAUAUAAAUAUGUAUUUAUUUUUAUCAUAAAUAUAUUUUUCCCUCUGCUUUUCCCGAUAACAAUAAUUAUAUUGUACAUCAUCUACUUACUAGAUCGUACCCACAACGACAACAAGAAAUACUGAUCCAAAAAUCGUACAUCUUUACAAUUUUGGAAUCAUACGUGAACAAUGUGUACCCAAAUACUUCUUUUUUUUCCUGCCUGAUUGAUGUUGGUGUCAGCUUAUCACAUGAGAAAUUAAUUAGAAUCAGAAUUCAAAUCUUUUUCUUUCUUUUCUGAAUAUUGUGUUUGGUAUUGGGUUUUUUUAAAAAAUAUUUUUUAAUUAAAAAUAUAUUAAAAUAAUAUUUAUUUAUUUUAUUUUUAAUAUUAGUAUACUAAAAUCAUCUAUUUUUUUAAAAAAUAAUUUAACAUCUUUUCAAAUAAAAAAUAAUUUGAAAUACAUUUAAAAAUAUAUAUAUAAAAGCUAAAGCAACAAACACUCAAUCAACUCACCCGUAUCUGCUGCUAGAAUGGUAAAAUACCCCAAACUCAUUACCAUCGUAGACAGAGAAAGACGCACACGCACAGUGCUUUGGGGGGGCUUUUAUUAUUAUUAUUAUUAUUUUCUCCAGAAGUUGCAGAUAUUUGGAGUAUUUUGUCGGGUUGGUGUCUAUAUAUAUAUAUAUAUAUAUAUAUAUAUAUAUAUAAGAAAAAUAUAUGGAGCAAUCAAAUUUAAUAAUAUUAUAUUAAGGUUUUCAUUUUGUUAAGAAUCCGGAGAUCUCUCUCCAGGGAUGCUUCCUCUUUCUUGUGGUCCGUGUCUAUAUAUAUAUUUAUGUGUAUAUGCAAGAGGCUAGCCUUUAUUUCUUGAGAGAACUCAGACAAGUUUUCUCGUUCAGUACGAGUACAUCACAGAAGCAUCAAUGGAGGUCAACAUGAGCUUUUCAAAUGACAUGGAUGAUGAAUAUGAGAAACUCUUUAGGAGAUUGAAUCCACCCAGGGUUGUGAUUGAUAAUGAAGCUUGCAAGAAUGCUACAGUCAUAAGGGUUGAUAGUGCUAACAAACAUGGAAUACUUCUUGAAGUUGUACAAGUCCUUACUGAUCUGAACCUCAUCAUAACCAAAGCUUACAUAUCUUCUGAUGGUGGUUGGUUUAUGGAUGUUUUUAAUGUUACGGAUCCUGAUGGAAACAAGGUUACUGAUGAAGCAAUUCUAGAUUAUAUUACAAAGUCUCUAGGGCCGGAAUCCUGCUUUACAUCUUCUAUGAGAUCUGUUGGGGUUAAACAAUCCAUGGACCACACUGCAAUUGAGUUAACAGGAAGUGACAGACCAGGGCUGCUAUCUGAAGUGAGUGCUGUACUCACCCACCUAAAAUGCAACGUAGUGAAUGCAGAGGUCUGGACACACAAUAUGCGGGCAGCAGCCGUGAUGCAAGUAACUGAUGAGGAAACUGGGUCGGCAAUUAUUGAUCCAGAGAAGCUAUCUAGGAUCAAGGAACUUCUUUGUAAUGUACUGAAGGGCAGUAACAAAUCUAGGGGAGCUAAAACUGUUGUAUCUCAUGGGGUCACCCAUACCGAGAGAAGGCUUCACCAAAUGAUGUUCGCUGAUAGGGAUUAUGAACGAGCUAACAAUGAUGAAUUAGAUGAGAAGCAAAGGCCUAAUGUGAGUGUGGUUAAUUGGUGCGAGAAGGACUACUCAGUUGUAACUAUAACAAGUAAAGAUAGGCCAAAGCUUCUCUUUGAUACAGUUUGUACAUUGACAGACAUGGAGUAUGUGGUUUUUCAUGCUAAUAUUGAUGCUGAGGGCCCAGAAGCUCAUCAGGAAUAUUAUAUCAAGCAUAUUGAUGGGUCCCCUGUAAAAUCAGAGGCUGAGAGACAAAGGAUUAUACAAUGUCUUGAAGCAGCUAUUGAAAGAAGAGUAUCCGAGGGCUUGAAGCUAGAGUUAUGCACUACGGACAGAGUGGGGCUGCUAUCCGAUGUUACUCGUAUCUUUCGAGAAAAUAGCCUUACUGUCACCAGAGCAGAAGUAACAACCAGAGCAGGCAAAGCAGUUAAUACAUUUUAUGUUAGUGAUGCAUCAGGGUAUCCUGUUGAUGCUAAAACCAUAGAUUCCAUCCGGCAAGCAAUUGGCCAGACCAUACUGAAGGUGAAAGGCAGUCCUGAAGAGCUAAAACCGGUGUCUCAGGAAUCACCCACUAGGUUUCUCUUUGGAGGUCUCUUCAAAUCCAGAUCUUUUGUCAACUUUGGGUUGGUUAGAUCCUAUUCUUGAAUAAACUCUUAGCUCGCUCCCCCUGUACAUAAAAAGCCUUCAGCCAGAAACAUUCACUAUAGAAAGAUCUCCAGUCCUUUUAGCUUACUGUGUGACUUAAGUUUAGGAACAAAGUCAUUUGUCGUAGGAGGUAGAGACUAGAGAGAGCUAAGAGACAGAUGAAAUGCUUGUAAAUACGCCUAUUACCCCCUUCACUGAGCUUCAUUUGUAACUUUAGAUCCAUUCAGAUGUUGGAGCUAGGAAAACAAAAAAUUACCGCGGAAAUCUCAGUUCUAACCUGUGUGCAUAAUUUUCAAUUUUAGUAUUUGUUUCCACUUGACUAUGUUGUAGCCUUUUCUCGUGUUUUCCUUGGCUUAUUUAAUAACAAUGUUCUGCUGAA